AUGGAAUCUCCUACUAGAAAUCCCGAGAUGAUCCACGUUGUCAGCAAGACCGACAAUCGUCAACACACCGUGGUAAAUAUUCCUCCAUCACUCGACCAAACACUGCCUGCCUCGUCGCUCCGUGCGCAACCGGUCCUUCUAGGAUUGACGUCGAAUAACCUGAGUUACGCCCGCGGAGGAGAUCUACUGCAUUGGUGGAAAACAUAUCCGGUCCCACCCACUACCCCGUCCGGAUACAACGAUCAAUCUUCCUGGGGUAUAGUCCCGGCAUGGGGGUAUGCUACCGUCACCGAGAGCAGUAUCCCUGGAAUCCUACCUGACUCCUUGAUCUGGGGCUACUGGCCUACCGCAACGUCGCCUACUCUCCUGCGCUUGGAACCUAGGGAUUUGGAAGGUCACUGGGUCGAGGUUAGCAGCCACCGACAACAGCUCAUGCCUAUAUACAAUCGCUACGAACAAACCCACCCUGACGAAGAGAAGAACCUGGAUGAGCGGGCAUGGUGUGCUCUCUUCCGAGGAGUCUGGGUCGCCGGAUAUCUGCUAAAUGAGUACGUAUUUUCUCCUGACCCGCGAGCAAGAGAACCAGUUCACCCGCUAGGCGCGGCGAGCAAAUUGCCCUGGUCCGCGGACGAUGCGGAUCUCUCGUCGGCCGUUGUAAUGGUUUUAGGCGCGUCUACCAAGGUCGCCCGCUCGUUUUUGUGGUGUCUAUUCGAUCGUCCCAAGGAAAGUAGACCGCUGGGCUUGGUACAGGUGACUUCGUCCCCUGGUGCUUUGCAGGAGGUAGCAGAUAGAAAAGGCUGGCGGGUUUUGUCCAGGACAUUGGCAUACACGGAAAUUGACCAAGCGACCAGAUGGAUUGAGGGUCUGCAGCCGUCAAAGGUGGUAAUUGUGGACUGCGGCGCGCGGGAUCAUGUCCUUCAUCAGAUAUGUCGGAAUCUGCAAGGGUCGGAGCUCCGGUUAUGCAAAACGGUUAUUGUGCAGAUGGGCGGUCAACAAAAGGUAUACACAACCGAAGAAGUCCAGGCAGCUCGUGCAGCUAUGCAGUCCCUGGGGAAGAUCCAAUACAACACCUCUGCCAUCCAAGACACCGUGAUCGACCGGGAGGGGGCUGGAACGUAUUUCGGAAAGGUCUCGCAUAGGUGGAAGGAAUGGCUCGCAGACCGUGCCUCUGCCAUCCCAGACAUGAAGCUGGUCUGGGGACAGGGCAUUGCUGGAGCAAUGGGAAUCUACGGGGGAUGGGAGAAACUGUCCAAUGGUGCAGUGCGCCCUGAAGAAGGAUUGGUGUAUGCCCUAUAG